AUGUCUCAUUUCCGCAUCGCAGACGUCAAAGCGCCCAACAUCCAACAGCUCCAAGCCAGCAUCCAAGGCCAACUCGCACAACACGGCUACUCUUCCGAGGAUGAUCCCGUCAUGGCCGAGUACAUCGUUGUCAUGCUGGCGAAUCAGAAGACGGCCGAACAGAUCACGGCAGAGAUGAAGGAGUUGAUUGGAGGGGAGUACGAUGCGGGUUUUACGGAGUGGGUCUGGACGGAGACGGAGAGGUGGGUGGGAGAAGGAGGGGAGGCGUCGGUGGAGGUGGGUGCGAGUGCGGUGGAGGGGACAGCGCAGAGGAGGACGACUAGGCAGAGGAGGAGCAGGUCUCCGCAGCGCGCAGUUGCGAGGGAUCAGAGGAGGAGUCGAUCGCCGGUGGGAGCGAGGAGGGAAGAGAGAAGGCGGAGUAGAUCACCACCGACACAACCACAACGACGAGAAGACGUCCGCCACAGGAUGCCCAGAGAUCACAGCAGUUAUGAGGCGUGGAAGGCGUCAACAGCACCGCGUCGUCAAACAGAUGAACCGUUCGAUGGAGAGGCGUUCUGGCGCAAAAAGGCGCAGGAGAAACGAACCAACCCACCGCCACCCGUCAACGGCGGUGCGCGGGAGACUCGAAUCUUCAACGCUGCAUACGACCAAGCCGUGCGAAACUCGUUGGAAACACAUUCGAGCGAAAACGCGCAAAGAGAACUUUUCCCAGAUUCCACGGCGAGUGACGAUCCACCACCUCCGCCGUAUCCAGCUUCGAAUGGGGUCAGCAUCUUUGGUCGUGCGGGGAUCCCGGAUCCUCGAGCACCCGAAUUCAUCCCUUCCUCUUCCUCUUCAACCGAACCAUCGACGUCAGCGUCACCCUCCAUCUUUGCUCGAAUCGACCCGAUGCUUCCCAACAACCAGCCGCUUCCUCCACCACAACCUUCCGCGCCAACACACUCGAACGACUUCCCCACCGCUCCCACCUCUACUUCGAUCUGUCGGUGGAACCUGAAUUGCACCAACCCGGUGUGCAUCUACUCGCACGCCUCCCCUGCCAACGCCGGUCCGGGUGCGGGAGAUACGGAUGCGCUGGUGCUGAGUCAGCAGAACUGUCGAUACGGAGCGGAGUGCGGGGAUCGAGAGUGUACGCGCGCUCACCGGACCGGGGAGCAGACCGUGCAGGUUCGGGGUGGCGUGUACGCGCGCAGAUUGCUUCUUCGAUCAUCCGCAGGGCAGAAGCGUCGCGAGCGUCGCGAGCGGUGGUCAAGUGCAGUGCAGGUUCGGGCUGGGAUGUACGAGAGCGGAUUGCUACUAUGCGCAUCCGAGCGGACAGAGGGCGAGUGCGGUGGCGAACACGGCGGACAUCAACUCAACGACUCAAUCCAUCGAUCUCUGAAGUGUUCUUCCUCGUCCGAUCCACUGCACGGACGAGGAUCAGAUGUCGUCGACCGGUCGAAACGGAACCCCUACCGCCACCGCUUCGACCAUUGUCCCGCAGGGAUGACCCCGAAAUGA